GCCUCUUAACAUAUGAUGUCGGUUAUUUUUCUCAUUGUCAAGAUUUGUUACAUUCCCUUUUUGUUUAGAAUUUAAUUUAAUUGGUUAAUUAAUUCGAGUUAAUUGUUCCAAAUUAAUCCAUCAUGACUCUCGUUGAGUUCUGUGGCUGUGCUUUGAUAGCUUUUGGUCCAGCGAUGACCAUGUUUUGUUUAACUGUGGCCGAUAAUCCAAUCUAUAUAAUUGUUAUGAUCUCAUCCUGCUUCUUUUGGUUAUGUUCUCUAUUGGGUUCAUCGUUUGUCUGGAUGAUUGUUGUUCCAUUGAAAGAGGUUCUCAUAUUUGGUGUAAUCUGUUCAGUUUUAUUCCAAGAGAUUUACAGAUAUUUGUUUUAUUUAAUUCUCAAGAAAGCUCAGACUGGACUCCAAAAGGUUUCCGAUGUUGGUAAUCCAGGAUCAAUACAAUCAAUCAAAUGGAAAUCAUUAUCCUAUGUCUCAGGAUUUGGAUUUGGAAUCAUGAGUGGAGCUUUUUCUUUGGUUAAUGUUCUCGCUGAUGCCGCAGGUCCAGGAACCGUUGGACUUUACGGCGAUUCACCAAAUUUCUUCAUCUCAUCGGCAUUCAUAACAUUAUCUCUUAUAUUACUUCACAUCUUUUGGGGAAUAAUUUUCUAUGAUGCUCUUGAUAGAGGUUGUAAAUAUCGCACUGGAUACGUUGUACUCUCUCAUUUAAUAGUCUCAUCUUUGACCUUUUUCAAUCAACAUCAAUUGUAUUUCGCUUCACUGAUACCCAUCUAUUUGAUUACAAUCUUCACUGGAUUAAUUGCUUUCCAAAGCGCUGGUGGUUCGUCCAAAACAUUCAAAGAGUGUUUACCUUUUACCGUCGGCUGAACAUUGAUCAUUAACAAUUCCAAUUCCAAUCAACUGAAUUGAUGCCUGAUGAAUCUAAUCAAUCGUCUAAAUUGAACUCGGCUAUUUAUUUUCCUUUUUUCUAAUCAUUUUCACAACAACAACAAAAACUCUUACAAUUAAUUUUAAUUCGACCAAAAUAAAAAUAAUUACAAUCAACUAUUGAUGUAAAUCAUGAGUUGUUUUGUUUUAUUAUGGUUUUAAUUGGUAAACAGUACAGAGGAUUAUGAAUAAUAAAUAGUUGAGAAAAUAAUAA